AUGGCCGACCCUUUCGAAUGCAGCAAUUCUUCUGUCCGUACCACACAUUCUAAUCUUAGCGAGAAUAGCCGCAAUGUCAUUAUGAAUGAUCUUUGGCUGAUUCUGGGCAAAAUAGGAGAAGGUUCAUUUGGUGAAGUAUUUGAAGGUCAAGAUAUAAAAGACGGUACGAUUUAUGCAAUAAAGCGCGAACGGAGAAGUAUGCGCCAUCCUCAAUUAAAACGCGAGAGUGAGCAUUACCAACUACUCGGGAAGGGACCUGGUGUCCCACAAUGCUACUGGUAUGGCGAGUUCGACGAGUUCAAUUGUAUCGUUCUUGACUUGCUUGGCCCUAGUCUGAAAGAUAUCCGCCAAUGCAUGACUCCGUUACCUUUCGAUAUCAUCGUGGAUCUUGUAUGCCAAAUGAUCGACAUCAUCCACCACGUCCAUAAGAGCGGUCUUGUAUUUCGGGACAUCAAGCCCGACAACUUUUUAUUUUCAAGAGCAUGCGUGCUACCCGAGGUGAAAAUGGUGAAACUCGAUGGCGACAAACCACACUAUCAAUAUGAAGUUGCCAACGCACGUGCUGUAUUUGAUCGAUGGGGGAAAGAAAAUGCCAAAUUGCACAUCAUUGAUCUCGGAUUAGCGACACGCUGGCUUGAUCCAGAAACUGACAAACCAAUACCCGAAGCAAAGCCAAAACGGCGCAACAAGAUCGGCACAGCACGCUAUGCAUCCAUCAACGUCCAUCGAGGCCGAAUGCACGCACGACGGGAUGAUCUUGAAGGCAUCGCCUAUAUCUUGCUCGAUCUGAUUCUUGGUACUUUACCAUGGACCGGCAUUCAAGCACGCAACUCUGCGGCUGGAUGGGAUCGGAUGCGCGCUAUGAAGAACGAUGCGUAUAUGCCGGAGAUGCUGGAUGGGUACCCUGAAGGUCUUGUCAAGUUUGUUGAAUAUGUCCGAAAAUUGAAAUUUGCAGAGGAACCCGACUACGAUCUAUUAAAACAGUUUUUACGAGGAUCAUUACCCGGAGGAACACACGCUGCUCCAACACGAUCACCCUUUGACAAGGGUGAAAAUGCCCAGCCUCGACAACGACAUCGUCUUGCAGCUGACAUGACACCCUAUUAUGAUCCUUCCUCAUCAACACGACAAGGAAAUCAGCAGGUGAUGACAGAUCAGCCUCCAGCUCAGAACGAACCAAGUGACGGGUCCUCGGGUUCUGCAACCAACAAGAAAAAGUGGGAGCUCCAGGAAAAACUGGUUGGCUGGUACACUUAUAAGCAUGACGAGGAGCCUUGGCAACCCGAAAUUGACUGGGAACGCAACGAGGGUAAUGAAAAUGCUACAGGAGCGUCUUGGGGCGAAGACAGACCGAACGUAGCAUGGGGACCCAAGGGCGAGGGAGGAGGCGAUAGUGGCUGGCCCGGUUCGGUGACGCGAACAGACAGUGGAACAGGAUGGGAUUGUAUGCCUUCCUCCCAAGAAACCAGGGGUGAUUCAUGGGGCAGCAAACAAGAUAGUUUGAAAAUGGAUGUCGAUUCUGGAUGGGGUAACGAGACAGCCAACAAGGGUUCUGCAGGCUGGGGCGCUACUGCAGUAGCGACACCAGCAGUGGCAGCAGAUGCUACUGCAUCCAACAUGGGAACUUGGGGCUCCAAAACUGACGAUGACGGAUGGCGAUCUUCAAGGCCAAUGGCUGCACCCAGUAACCCAACAAACGGUGCAUGGGGAGCAAAGCCCGCACGGAAAUCAAGCUGGGAAUCCAUGCAAAUCGACCCUUCACCGAGGCCCGCACAACAACAGCAGAAACAACAGCAACCGUCGCAUAACAUACGAUCACAACCUCAAGCACCUCAACAGCAAGAGCAGUAUAAUGUAACCUCAACAACACAGAAUAUAAAUACCAGAAACAACGAUAACAAUACCAACUCAACAGGGAAAUGGAAUGCGUGGGCUGCAAGUCAUAAUGCAGGAAAUCAGUCGCAGUCAACGCUUCCACCUCGAAGACACCCACCGCCACAGCGGCAACAACCGCCACAACAAAAACCAACACGAUCUGGUACUACAGAACAACAUCAACAGCAGCAGUCAUGGAAUACACAAGAUUUUGGUGGUGGAUGGGUGUCAAAUACAGACAAAGAUGGCUGGACUACCAAAACGUCGUCAAGACCCUUGAACCGACAAUCUCAACAUCAUCGCGGCCCACGAAAGCAACCCUGGUGA